ACUCUGUAUUGAACUCUGAUUUCAUUUAUUCCCGAAAAUUUCCUCAUGCGAGUACCAGUUGGAUUCUUCCCAAAGCUUUGGAGCUUCGUCUCCCUCCUUCCUUUCUUCUUCUUGCUUCUCCUCCUUGGUUUCCUUAAAGCUGUAAUCGUUGCCCCAAUUGCGGCCGCCAUUGUUGUGAUUGGUAACUCAUCUGUCAUCGUUGGGCUCUUUCCUGCGCAUUUUUUCUGGACUCUCUUCUGCUUGGCUAGAACCAAGAGGUUAGGUCUAGUUCUUAAGACUGUGGUGCUUGUUUGCUUGCCCCUACCACUGAUGCUUUGGCCAGUUGUUGGUGUUGUUGGAAGCUUACUUGGUGGGAUUGGAUAUGGGUUUUUCGUUCCUCUUAUUGCAACUUUUGAGGCUGUUGGAGCCGGCGUUACUGACAAACUUUAUCAUUGUCUUGCUGAUGGUUGUUUGUCCACAAUUAAAGCAAGCUGUUUAGUUGUGAUGGAUUUUACAGAUUUCUGCUUCCAUUCUUAUUUUUCAUACAUGGAUGAACUGAGUGAGUUAAUGCACAGUGAUGAGAAGCCCAUGGAAGUGAAGCUAUCAAGACUUCCAUGUUGUUUGUUGGCCAGUUUGAUUGGUGUCCCAGUUGAUUUUCUUUUUAUUACGUUAGUUGCAUUAUGCAGAAGUCCUUACAUGUUAUUCAAAGGAUGGAAGAGGCUAUUGGAAGAUUUGGUUGGUAGAGAAGGACCAUUCCUGGAGGCAGUAUGUGUUCCAUUUGCUGGUCUUGCCAUCAUUUUAUGGCCCCUGGCUGUUGUCGGAGCGGUGACAAGUGCAGUUGUCUCUAGCUUUUUUUUGGGGCUCUAUGCUGGAGUUAUUGUUCAUCAGGAAGACUCGUUUCGGUUGGGGCUUGCGUAUGUCUUGUCGGUGGUUUCGAUAUUUGAUGAGUAUGUGAAUGAUCUACUCUACUUGCGGGAGGGAUCUUGUAUUCCCAGGCCAAAAUAUCGUAGAAACAUGAGCUCAGACCUCGAGAGGGAGCAUUGCGGUGAUGACAAAAAUGACAGGAGAAGUAUAAGAGAUGGUUCAAACAAUCAUAAACUUGUCUCAGAGCAGUCGAGAACAUUGAAAUGGGCGAUCCAACAUUACAAACCCAUCCAGGUUUGGGAUUGGUUGUUCAAGUCCUGUGAAGUCAAUGGUAGAAUACUUCUCCAAAACGGUCUGAUAACAAUGGAAAACAUUGAGGAAUGCAUUCUAAAGGGAAACUGUAAGAAGUUAAGCAUCAAGUUACCAGCAUGGUGUAUAUUACAGUGCUUGCUUUCCUCUGCAAAGUCGAACUCCUCCGGGUUACUCAUCUCUGAUGAUGUGGAGUUGACAAGGACAAACUUGCCAAGGGACACAAUGUUUGAAUGGUUUCUUGGGCCAUUGUUAAUUAUGAAGGAGCAAAUAAAGAGAUUGCAUUUAGAAGAAAAUGAAGAAAAAUGCUUGAGAAUAUUGAUCAUGAGAUGCAGAAAUGAAAUACCUGAGGAUUGGGAUGACUUUGGCUUUCCUUCCAACGAUGCCGUGAGGAGAGCGCAAUUGCAAGCCAUAUUUAGAAGAUUGCAGGGUAUUGUCAAUUCGAUGUCACGAAUUCCGACUUUUCGACGUCGAUUUAGGAGCUUGAUCAAGGUAUUGUAUGUUGAAGGCCUCCAGAUGGGCAGUUCAGUAAAGACUAUGAGAACUAUAAACGGCAGCAAGCGCUUUGGGGAAGAGGAAACAGCUAACACGAUACGGAAAGCUCCAAGCAUCACUGAUGUAGUAUGAAACUUCUUCGAUUUUUGCUGUUGUCUAUCUUGCUAUUAUGUUACAGAAGAGUUCAUUGAGAUGGGAACAAUUUCAUGUUUAGUGAAUCAAGUGAUGAUGCAAAUAUUUGGACAACUAGCUCUCUCUUGUCGGAUUUUCAGUAGUAAGUAAUGGCUGUUUUAUUAUAUUGGAUAGAAUUCUAAAUA